ACCUUAUAUGAAUUCGCAUUGUGUAUUGUAUUUUUGUUAUAUUGUGGGCUUACCCCCAAACAAACAAAUAAAAAGUUAUAUACAUACAUAUAAACAAAAAAUAUUUAUAUAAAUUAAAAAAAAAUAAUAAUUAAAACAUGUCUCACAAAUUAAAUUCUAAGAAGAGUCGAGCAGACACCAAUCAGCAUAAACGUAUACAUAAUAAGGAAAUAAAUACAAUAACUAAAUCGGCUAUAGGAUUUAACGAUAAUUCAAGAGCCCCAAAUUAUUGUAAUGUGAAAAAUGAAUUAAUAGACUGUUCAGAAGAUCCGCAUCUAAAAGGAGACAAAUUCAUUAAAGAGGAACCAGAUUGUGUCAGUAAUAAUGAGCAUUCAAUUGAUGAAGAUGAUGUUAACUGGGAUAAUAAUGAAGACGUUGAAAAAAAUAGACAGAAAACCUCCAGAAUUUAUAAGAGAAAAGUUUACCCCAUUGAAAACAAAUGUGUCAUAUGUAACAAGAAAUUUUCUUUUCAAAGAGAUCUUGUGAGGCAUGUGUUACAAAAUCAUCCUAAUGGAAAAGCAUUUAAAUGUCAAAGUUGUUCAACAUUAUUUUCAAAAUUAAAGUCCCUAUCUACACAUUUUAAAAGAUGUCAUGCCAACUUGGCAAAGACCAUUCCUUGUGAGUAUUGCAACAAGUCAUUUUUUGCCCAGUUUCAAUUGGAACGUCACAGACGAACGCAUACAGAACAUAACGAUUUGCCGUAUUUGCACGUUGAAAAUGGCGAAGAACCUGGAAAUAACAUAAUGGAUAUAGAUGAAGAUAUCUUCGGAAAUCGAAAGGGAAAAAUUUAUCCAGUCGAAAACAAAUGUGCUAUUUGCAAUAAGAAAUUUUCUUUUCAAAAAGAGCUUGUUAAUCAUUCCAAACAUACUCAUCCCAAUGAUAAAACAUUUAAAUGUCUAUAUUGUUCUACGGUAUUUUCAAAAUUAAAAUCUGUGACUACACAUUUCAAAAGAAGUCAUUCCAAAUCGAGAAAGACCAUUUUUUGUGAGUAUUGUGGCAUGUCAUUUUUUACCAGGUUCCUAUUGGAACGUCACAGACGAUCACAUACAGAACAGCGACCAUAUUCAUGCAAUCAAUGUGAUAAAGCAUACAAAUAUAAAAGGAAUUUGUGUGUACACAUGAGAACACACUCGAAUGCUGAUAAAUCUUAUAAUAAUAGUAUAGAAGAGGAUCAUGAAGAGGAUGAUCAUCAAAAUCUUUCUGAGAUUCCAUUUAUGGGAGAUGAGUAUUAUGAGAAUGAUGAUGAAAAUAUGUUCGCUGGAGAUGAGUAUUACGAGAAUGAUGAACAAAAUCCAGUAACAGGGGGUGAGUGUUGGGAUAAUGAUGAUCAAAUUAUAUUAGAAGAUGAUGUGGAAGAAAGCAUUGAUAUGGCAAAUCUUGCGACUGUUGAAAAAAAUAUGAAUAAUAUGUUACAGUAUCCCUUCAAGUGUAAUGAAUGCGACAGAGUUUACAAGUAUAAACAUAAUCUAAAGACCCAUCAAAAAACUCAUCAGAAAAAUAAUGAACUAACAGAGAUCAUAACUCUUGAUGAUGCCACAACAAGUGAUCAUGACAACUCCAACAUUUACCAAAAUACCUUUUUUAUUAUAGAUGAGUUUAAUACCGAUUCGGAACACUGUGAAGAUUUAGAAGAGGAAGAACAAUUUCCAGCAGCACCUUACUCAAAUGAGUUUGAAUUUGUUCCGGAUAAUUCAAUUUGUAUGGCAAAUACAGGAGACAACGAACAAAACGAAUGUGGUGUUUGUAUGAAAUUAUUUCAAUGCCAGCAAUCAGUAGCCAAACAUGUGCAACGUUGUCAUCCCGAAAUCGAAUUCUUUAAAUGUCCAUACUGUGAUGAUAAUUUCUAUAGCCUAGACUCGCUAUCGCUGCAUAUAAAUGUAAAGAAACAUUUGCAAAAACGAUUUGUUUGUGAACACUGUCUAAAGUCUUUUGAUCGCAUGACCGAUUUGAGACGGCACGUACUAAUACAUACUGAUGAGCGUCCUUUUUCGUGCAAUGUAUGUCAUAAAUCCUUUAAACAAAUAAAUAAUUUAAAACGCCACAAAGAAACAAUGCACGCUAACGAUAAGUUUAAAUCAACAAAAUUUAGUUGUACAUUUUGUCCGAAGAGUUUUUUACAUGCCGACAUACUGAAACGUCAUAUGAGUAGACAUGACAAAAAAAAUGAUUAUCCCUGUUCCAUGUGCAAUAAAAUAUUCAAAAGCAGAUAUGAUUGGCAGAGGCAUGAACAAACUCAUAGUUCAAGAAAAGAUCUAAUAUGCGAUUACUGCUUAAAAUCCUUUGAUAACAUCGAAAAUCUAAAUCGUCAUCUGAAGGUUCAUACGGGCGAAUUUAAAUUUUUGUGUACAAUUUGUAACAAAACUUUUAGACGGAAGAGUCAUUUAAUUAAUCAUGCUAAGGUCCAUAGAAAUUUUGAAAUAGCAUUUAAAAUGAGUAAAGCAAUGCGCAAAAUAACAUAUUAUGAAAAUAUAUUGGAAUUCAAAGAAAAUACCAAAGAACAAUUAAAUUUGAAUGAAAUAAACAACUGGCAAUUAUGCCGAACCUGUUUGAUAGAUACAAAAGAAGAUGAUGUAGAUCUGGAAAAGAUGAGUAUUAUGGAUGUGAUGGAAGGAAGUUUUCUUACUGUACAAGAUAUGUUAUCACACACAACGAAUUUAAAGAUCUCUGCAAAAGAAAAUCUACCCUCAAAAGUCUGUAAAGAAUGUUUUAGUAAAAUUACCACAUUAUACUAUUUUUCUAUACAAGUUCGUAAGGCAGACAAAGUUUUAAUAAGAUUGGAUAACAAAUUAAAAGGCUACAAGGAUGAACUGCAGACAUGUAAAUCAGAGGAAGUGAGCAGCAGUUUUAACGAAAAUGAAAUACCAGAAAAUAGUAUACUUAUUGAAGUCGAGGAACUUUUUGAUUUACAAAAUGUUGAGGACAUUGCAAAUACUUUAACUGAUCAAAACAGUAUUUGUAUAGAAGAGAUAAAUGAUUAUGAGUUGGAUAAACAUGCAGAGAAUAAGGAAGAGUUAAAUGAGUUGGCUAAACAUGCAGAGAAUAAAGAAGACCUAGAGUAUUCCGAGGAAAUUUCUCAGCUGGAAGCGGCAUUUUUAACUGAAGAAGAACUUGAUGCUGAUUUUAAAAGUAACUUCAGUGAAGAUGAAAAUUAUUUCGCCACAGAGGUAUUAGAGGAUACAGAAUCAAGCGACAGGGGUAGUGAAAAGGAAGAAACAAUCAAGGCAGUAAAAAAGCCUAAAAAGCGAAAAAUUACAGAAGUUACAAAAAUGUCGGGAUACAAACAUAAACAGCCGCGUGUUACAAUUCCUCUUUUAAAUGAUAUGAGUUGCGCGAUAUGCCAGAAAACUUUUGAACGUCAACAAGAUCUGGUCAGUCACGUGCGCUCUAUGCAUCCUAAUUCGAAAGCUUACAAAUGUCGGGUUUGUAGCAAUCUGUUUUCCCAUAUACAAUCGUUAUCCCGACACAUGAACAGCCAUAAAGAAGCGGUAGUACUACAUGAAUGCGAAUAUUGCACGAAACCCUUUAUACGUGUUGACGACUUAAAACGUCACAUAAGAGUGCAUACCGGUGAACGUCCUUAUUCUUGCUCGUUCUGCGACAAAUCCUUUCAGCAAUUAAACGAUCUGAAGCUUCAUGAGGAGAAACACUACAUAACGAACAACUUUGGGUGUAAUCAAUGCGAUAUGGAUUUUAAAUCCCGUAAUGGUUUAUAUAUGCACAAAAAAAGACACCAUAAUGAUAAAACAGACAUUAUUGAACAUCGUUAUGUUUGUUCGUUUUGCGAACACUCAUUCAAUUCAGUCUCUGAAUUGAGACGUCAUGAGAAGAAACACUUUCUACCAAAAAUAAUGAAAUGCGAUCAAUGCGAACAGAGUUAUAUAUCAAGUCAAGGCUUAUAUAUGCACAAAAAAAAGCAUCACUGUAAAACCAAUGACAGUCAGACGGAAAAGGAAUCUGUCAAUGGAAAUGAGGAAGAAUUCUUAGCGACAGACGAGGAUGAGACGGAAAAGGAACAUGUAAAAGAAAAUGAUGAUGAAUUCGUAAGUAUGGACGAGGAUGAUACGGAAAAAGAAUAUGUAAAAGAUAAAACAAGGGAAUCGACAAUGAUAGAAGAGGAAGUUGAUAAUAAUUAAUGAUAAACACUCACUUAAAUAAACAUUCAUCUCAAUUAUGAAUAAAAAUU